AUGAUUCAUGACAGAGCUUUCAGUCAGUAUAUCUUUCUAGAAACAAGUAACGAGAAUGCUCGAGGAGGAAUCAUAAUCAACAUUUCGAGUGGUGAUGGGGAGCUUGCUUGUCUGAACAGCGAACUUCAACGACUCCUAAAGGAGGUCCAGUCCGAGAGCGACCUGGAAAGCCUUUUGAGGGAGCUAUGGGAAGGAACUUGUCUGAGGGGACAAGAGCUGGCGUUCGGUCCAACUCCAGCCUACAGCGUGUCGAAGGCGGCACUGAAUGUCUUGACAAGGAUACAAGCAAGGGAGAUUGAGAUGAGCCAGCUGAAGCUCCGGGCUGUCGCUGUCUGCCCGGGGGACGUGGACACACGGAUGUGCUCGGCAGGAGAGGGAGACAGAGUCUUGACGCCCGCGCAGGCCGCAGGCGACGUGAUCUGGGCGAUCGAAAGGCCGUCGGAAUGUCCCAGCGGAGGAUUCUAUCGUGAGCGAGAGCCGAUUCCAUGGUAG